AUGAAUACGUAUGUCAUCCGGUGCAGCCAGAAGAGGACUGGCCACCCCUUUGAGGCUGCCUGCCCACAUUGUGAGGAGAUUUUCCCAUUUUUAUCAAAGCUAAAAAUACACCUAAAAAUACACACUGAAGAGAAUCGGUAUUCCUAUACUGACAGUGGGAAGAGUUUCACAACAUCCAAGGCUCGGACAGUUCAUCAGAGAGUGCACACAAGAGAGAAGACCUACUCCUGCUCUGAGUGUGUAAAAUGCUUCACAACAUCAACUUGGUUAAAAGUUCAUCAGAGAACACACACAGGAGAGAAGCCUUACUCCUGCUCUGAUUGUAUAAAAUGCUUCACAACAUCAGCUAAACUAAAAGUUCAUCAGAGAACACACACAGGAGAGAAGCCUUACUUCUGCUCUGACUGUGGAAAGAGUUUCUCUCUAAUGUGCAACUUAAAACGACAUGAGCGUAUACACACAGAGAAGCUUUACUCCUGCUCUGACUGUGCGGCGAGUUUCUCGCUACUGUGCAAAUUAAAACGACAUGAACGUAUACACAAAGGAGAGAAGCCUUACUCCUGCACUGACUGUGGAAAGAGUUUCUCGCGAUUGGGCCACUUAAAAACACACGAACAAAAACAUACAGGAGAGAAGCCUUACUCCUGCUCUGACUGUGUAAAAUGCUUCACAACAGCAACUGAGCUAAAACUUCAUCAAAGAACACACACAGGAGAGAGGCCGUACUCCUGCUCUGACUGUGUAAAAUGCUUCCCAACAUCAACUAGGCUAAAAGUUCAUCAGAGAACACACACAGGAGAGAAGCCUUACAUCUGCUCUGACUGUGCAGCGAGUUUCUCUCUACUGUGCAACUUAAAACGACAUGAAAGUAUACACACAGGAGAGAAGCCUUACUCCUGCUCUGACUGUUCGGCGAGUUUCUCUCUACUGUGCAACUUAAAACGACAUGAACAUAUCCACACAGGAGAGAAGCCUUAUCACUGCACUGACUGUGAGAAGAGAUUCUACAGAUUGAGCCAUUUAAAAAGACACCAAUGUAUACAUAAAGGAGAGAAGUCUCAUCAGAUCUCUCAGACCAGCUAAGAUUAGACACUCCACUUAAUUCUCAUCUCAUAAAGUAAUUGGCAACGUUGAAUUGGAUCAAAUUAAGAAAGUGUAGAACACUCUAUUGUAAUCCUAUAGUUUCUCACUGAGAGAACUGUGCAGAGGAAAGGGAGAGUUAUAGAAUGUUAGCCUCUCUUUACUGAUCAGUGUGCACCGUGUCAGUUUUGGUGUGUUUUGUUAGCUUCUACUGUAAAGAUAUUGAGAUGACCUUGGAUUUGCCCUUAGGGUUGAAUAUCCUCUGUGAGACGUCUCACAAUGGAGUCUGAUGGUUGACUGGGUGGUACUGCUUCCCCCUGCAGUUUUCUGUGGGAAUGAGCUGGUAGUCACAACAUACUCUGAGUGUACAAAACAUUAAUGACACCUGCUCUUUUCAUGACAUAAACUGACCAGGUGAAAAGCUAUGAUCCUUAAUAAUGUAGUUGUGGUGUAUUUAUUAUGGAUCCCCAUUAGCUUUCAGUAGGAAACAAGAUGUUGCAGUGGGCUAAGGAAUGAAGACACUGGACACUGGAGAAUGAAUUUGAACAACAUUGCCUGGUCUGAUGAAUCCCGGUUCCUGCUGUUUCACGCUGAUGGGAGGACUAUGGUAUGCAGGAAACCACGAGUACAUGCAUCCAGUGGUGAAAAAUGACCCAACUGUCAUACUUGAGUAAAAGUACCUUAAUAGAAAAUUACUCAAGUGAAAGUCACCCACUAAAAUACUACUUGAGUAAAAGUAUUUGGUUGUAAAUAUAUUUAAGUAUCAAAGUAAAAGUAUGAAUCAUUUCAAAUUCCUUAAAUUAAGCAAAGCAGACUGUACAACUGUGUUGUGUUUUAUAUAUUACAGAUAGCCACGGGCAGAUUCCAACACUCAGACAUCAUUUACAGAUAG